AUGCGGGAAUCAUCCCCUCCUAGCUUCUCGGAGGCCUUGUCAGACUCCCAGAGCGUCGUCGAUACAAAAAGCAAAUGGACGCCAAAAUCACUCAUUCGACAUGCUGAGCGCUCCCAUCGUCGGAUACCAGGGGUUCGCAAAAUCCCCUUCCCAGCUCUUGCUAUCAUCCUAUUCAUUGCAUUCAUCAACGUAGCGGUAUGGAUUGCGGUUGCUGUUGUUCUGCGUUACUAUCCGUCUCUGGUCUCUAAUGCCGUCCUCGCAUAUACCUUAGGGUUAAGGCAUGCCUUUGAUGCUGAUCAUAUCUCAGCUAUCGAUUUAAUGACGCGUAGGCUGCUGGCCACGGGUCAAAAGCCUGUCACUGUGGGAACCUUUUUCUCCCUUGGUCACUCCACUAUUGUCAUCAUUACAUCUAUCGUUGUGGCUGCCACUGCAGCCGCCGUGUCAUCCCGGUUUGACAGCUUCAGCACUGUUGGCGGAAUUAUUGGCACAUCAGUCAGUGCCGCUUUUCUCAUCUUGCUAGGUCUCAUGAAUUUCUAUAUCCUUUAUAAGCUGUACAAGCAGAUGCAGAAAGUCUUAGACCUGCCUGAAGGCCAAGAAGACGAGGCCUGGAAGAUUGAAGGAGGUGGAGUCCUCUUCUCCGUCCUGAAACGGAUGUUCAAAUUGAUUGACCGCCCUUGGAAGAUGUACCCGCUUGGUGUUCUUUUUGGUCUUGGGUUUGACACUUCUUCGGAGAUAGCUCUCCUUGGGAUUUCCUCUGUUGAAGCUGCGCGAGGCACAGAUUUCUGGGUUAUUCUCAUCUUCCCGAUCCUCUUUACAGGCAUGUUUAGAAACCAAUGCACUGGAAUGUGCCUCCUCGAUACCACUGAUGGGGCCCUCAUGCUCUCGCUAUACAUUCAGCCCGCUGCCAACUUCCUCCCACCGAAGGAAGACAGCUCGACCGCCGAGACGCCGCUCAUCGGCGAGGACCACGAAAUCGCGCCAUCGCAGAACCACCGCGACCCUAUCGCGUUCUUGUACUACUCUAUCGUGCUGACCUGCUUGACCGUUGUCGUCGCUAUCGUGAUCGGUGUCAUUCAGCUUCUCACCCUCGUGCUCAACGUCGCCGAGCCGACUGGCAAAUUCUGGGAUGGGGUACAGACAGCCGGAGACUACUAUGACGCUAUUGGUGGCGGUAUCUGCGGGUUAUUUAUCAUCAUCGGUGCUCUCAGUGUUGUCGUAUACAAGCCAUGGAGGAGAUGGGUUGCGAGAAGGCACGGAAAGACCAUUGUGACCGACGAAGAAGGGAACCGGGAUAAUGUCGCGGCACCAAGAUCCGAGACUCCUAUUUUGAGCGAAGAACGGGGCGGUGCUUCCGGUACUAGCUACGGUGCUGUCAGUAAGAAAGCUGCGUCUCAGGUUGCGGUGGAGCCGGUGGAUGGACCUGCUUGA